GUUUAGCGUAGGCUAUCGGUGCGAACUAUGCGAGUUAUACUUCUCUGUCUCUCUUUGCUACCGUUUGCUGCAUUUCUUCGCUUUGUUUUGCUGCCUGCGCUGGGGUAGAGGAUUUGAACCCUUAGCAGAGCGGUGGAGCCCAGAGCUGCACUCUAGAAAGAUAGAUGAGAACAUCCUCCCGAAUCCUAGACCGCAGCAGCAAGGGGGUGCAGCAGCAGGUCAAGAAGCAGAAGCUUACACAUAUGCUGCUGUGCCAGUUGAUACUCCUGCUGCUUCCCCUGCUGAAGCAGCAGCAGCAGCAGCAGCAGCAGCAGCAGCAGCAACAAGCUCUUUCUCGAGGAACAGCACACUUCAUAACGCACUUAGCCGCUCUCUUAGUGGGAUGGAGACAACAUACGAUUACGAUAUACUGCAGCAGCAGAUCAAAGCACACGCACAGCAGCAGGCGCAGCAGCAACAGCAGCAGCAGCGGCAGUAA